CCCUUCAUUCCACUUCAAACAAAACACAUUCUUCUAAUCUUCUAGUUUUUUCAUACCAAUGGCUAAGCUAUUCAAUUUCUUUCCUCUCUUUUUUCUCAACGUAUUCAUCAUUGUGACAUUGUUUCAAAGAAUUUCAGCUCAACCAGCUAUAUCACCAGCACCAUCAGGACCAUUAAACAUAACCAAAGUCCUAGAAAAGGCAGGACAAUUCACAACAUUCAUCAAGCUACUAAAAGCAACACAAGUAUCCGACCGAAUCAACUCACAACUCAACAACUCAAAUCAAGGCCUAACAAUUUUUGCACCAACAGAUAAUGCCUUCUCGAGUCUAAAAUCAGGAACACUAAACUCAAUCAGCACACAAAACCAACUUCAACUUCUACAGUUUCAUAUUCUACCAACACUUUACACAAUAUCACAGUUUCAAACUGCAAGUAACCCUCUACACACACAAGCUGGAAACAGUGAUGAUGGAGAGUAUCCUCUUAAUGUUACUACUUCUGGAAAUCAAGUUAAUGUAACAACUGGUGUGAUUGAUACAACUGUUUCUAAUACUAUUUAUAGUGAUAAUCAGCUUGCAGUGUAUCAGGUUGAUCAAGUGCUUCUUCCUAUGGCACUUUUUGGACAAGGUCCAACCGCUGCGCCUGCGGAGGCUCCUGCACCGACUAAGCCGGAGAAAAGUGUUCGGGCUUCUGAUGCUCCAAAAGGGUCUUCGGAUAGUCCGGCUGAUGAUUCGAGUGCUGUUGGUUUGAAUGGCUACAUAGUUAAUGGUGCUACAUUGUUUGUUGCUGUUUUUGCCAAUGUUGUUGUUUCUUGUUUGUGGAUGUAAGUCUUAUAGAAUGUGCAUUUUCUUGUUUUCUUUUAUUUUUUCCUAUUUUUUUAUUUUCUUUCCUUGAGCCAGUUUGAGUUGAUUGAUGAUGAUGAUGGUGAUCUCUUGUACUCUUGUUGUUACAAUGUGAAGAAAAUUUUGAGUGUAAUAUAAAUGAAUUUUUUAUAAUUGGAA